AUGGCCGCAGAGCCGGAGCCGCCACCGCUCCCGCUCGUGAGCAACAUCCUCGUCGUCGGACUCGCCACGCCCCUUGCCGAGGUUGCGGCUGGGCCCGAGGCGGCGCCGCGCUCCCAGCGGUCCUUUGCCACCACCGCCGCCGACAGAGAGCGGCUCCGGCGGGCGCGAUUCGCCCCGGAGCUGUCAGCUUCGUACCCUCCGGACCGCCCGUUUGCGCCGGGCGCGGGCGUCGCCUGCUGCUUCUGCGCUCCCUCCGGGCUGCGCAUCUCUGUUGGCACUGCGCCGUCCCCAAGCUUUGCCUCCUUCGUGCUAACGGACGAGGCCUACGAGCGGUCCUACGGGCACGUGCUGACGUGCCACGUCCCGCUGGCCCUCGACACACCACUGGCCCAGCCAGAGGCGCCGGACGACGCGGGCGCGUGCGGCGAUGCCUCCGCGGCUGGCGAGGCGGGAGCCGGCGCCGCCGCCUCGGAGCAGGGUGCGGCCUCCUCCGAGGCCGACUACUCUGCCGCCUCGCUGCUCGACCGCCUCCGGCCACCGCAGCUGCUCCACAUCCUGCAGGCUCGCCACAGCCCCGUGCUCGCCCUCGAGUGGCAGCUGGUCAUCGUCUCGGACGACGACGAGCGGCGGGUCGGCGCGGCGGAGCUCUUCCUCCAGUGGCUCUACCCCCUCGCGUGGACGCAGGCCUACGCGCCCUUCCCGUACAUCAUCGGCCUCACCUCCCGCCAGCUCGGCCAGCUCCCCACCCCGCUGCCGGAGCGGCUCUGCGUCCUCCGGCGCGCACAGAGUCGCGAGGCGGGCCCCUCCCCGCCUCCGACCCGCACGCGCACCGCCUUUGUCGACAUGGCCGAGCCGCGUGCGAGGCCGUUUGUGUCCGAGUUUGCGCAGACGCAGAUGUUUGCGCAGCACGUGCUUGCGGGGAGGGCGCCCCCGGCCUUUCAGGAGCGGGGAGUCGGCGCGGCGAUGCAGCUGGCGGAGGCUGACGCGCGCUCCUCCCCCCGGCGUCCGCAGGAGUGCUCCGACGCCUUUUUGGCGGAGCGCGUCGCCUCCCUCUCCACCUCGCGCCGCACUCCGGCGACCACCGCCGAAGACCUCUCUCUCUCGAUGGCGGCGCGUCUCGAGGCGCGGAUGGGGGGCAAGAAGUCCGCGGCCGCGCAGCCCGAGCGCCCCGCGCAGGACGCGGCGCCGGCGGCACCGGGAGCGUGUGCCGCCUUUCCCAAGGGGUUGCACUCGGUGCCUCCGCCGCAGUCGGCGGCGGCCCCUCCCCCGACGGGCUUCUCCUACCCCGACGGACCGCCGCGCAGCUUCCCCGAGAGCCUAGCGCCGGUGUCGUCUCCGCUGCCACGCCUCAAGGGGGAGCCGCCGCCUCCGCCGCCCGCUGUCUCUGCGGAGACGCGCCGCGCGUGGGCGGAGGCUUUGCGUUCCCUCGAGGCGCACGCUGAGCAAAGGCAGACAGGCCAAAAGAUCGGAGCGUCGGUGAGCGCCGUGGUGGGCGGCGCGCUGCUUGCCGCACCCGCCGUCGGAUGUCAGGUGCAGUGA